CGGGAAAUGGACAUCGGGGACUGAGGUAAAUCAUUGCCGAAGCCGCCAUUUUGGGACUGGUGUGUUUUCCCGCGAAAGUGGCAGCAAAAAUCGUCCAAUUUUGCAACAAUUUACCUCAGCUGGGGCCUAGGUUCAGUAGAUUGCUGUAGUUUAGCCUUUAGGCAGUCACUAGAAAGUAGAAGCUGUGUAAACUUCACCGUAAGGAAGAAUGGCCAGGUACAACAACAACAGUCGUGGUGGCUCCAGUCGAAAUCACUUCGAAGAGGAGGACAAUUUCGAAGCGGCGAAAGACGACUACUACUAUGGAACUGACCGGGAUGAGAGAAGGCGGGACAGGAGAGAGGGCCGCUACGGUGACUUCACGAACCGGGACCGCGGUGCAGAGUGGGACCGGGAACGUUACCGGGACCAGGGAGGUGACUACGACUACCGGCGCGCCCCGAACAGGGAGAACAGGGAGUGGGAUCGGGAGCGGGACUACAACAGGGAACGGGACAGGGACAGGGAGAGAAACGAUAGAUAUGAGGUUAGAGUGCACACAUGA